AUGACUUUCGGUACACAUCAACAACAAAACCCAAAACUUUUGAAAUCUCUUUCAGAUGACGCUGCUCGAUUGAAUGCCUACUGGAACUACCGGGAUCAUACGGCUCCAGAGUUAAGAGAGCCUGGAUGUAUCAAACGACAACCAGGCAGGUUAGGUUGUGAUUUUAAAGAAAACGGCACUGAAUUCAAAAUAGCAAUACUGGGUAGCAGCUACGCUAAGAACCACCAUAAGAUGAUUAUUCAAGAGUGUAGACAUCGGGCGAGCACUAUUUCAAUGGCUGAUGUCACAGGUUGCGAACCACUUGCUGCUCCUAGGAAGCCUGUUGAUAAUGGAAAGUUCUCAACAGAUUGGACACAAGAAUGCUCGAGUAGGUUGGAAGAAUUCGUGGAGUUUAUCAAUGAGACUCAACCGGAUUAUGCAUUCAUGAUGACUAGAUGGUUCGCCGUAGCAGAACCAUAUGAUAAUGGGCCGGAUAAUUUGAAUAAUGAUACAAUUUAUUUGGAAAUGAGGGAUCAAUUAAGAAAAAUGCUUCCGAAUAUCAAAAGGAAGUUGUUCAUUUUGGAUUCGUUCCCGAGAAUUCAUCCGGAAGGAAUUGAGAAUAUUGCAAGAGAAAUGAAGGAGGGAAAAAAGACAAUGGAGGAAAUCAAUAUGUCGUUGUACGAACCGAAACAAUUUGAAUGGGGACGUCGUCGUCAUGCUGAAUUGGUAAAAAAUGAAUGUGGAUCAAAAUGUGAACUGAUUGACUACGUGGAUGCAUUCUGGAACCAAACAAUGAAUACGUUUCAGUUUUUUGAUUCCAAAGGAUUCUUGUAUUUCACAACUACUCUUCAUGUUUCUGCUCAUGGAAUUGAACAUGUUCGACCUAUUUAUACAAAGAUUUGUGCGGGUGCAACAAAGACUUAUUCCACUGGAUUAACACUGGCUUAUGUUUCAAAUGGUUACUGUAGUCGUUUCGGACCAAGAACGUGUUAUGUGGCAUACAGCCUGAUGCUCCACUUCCUGUCUCACUCCCUAUGGUCCCUUCUACUCUCCUUUUCCUAUCGCUACUAUAUUCUCUUCAAACCUGCUCCGACUCGAAAAACUCUAGUCAUUAUUCUUUGUGUGAUCUAUAUUCCAUCACUAUUCCAGUGGGUUUCUUUCCUCUGGGCUCAAGACGAUCCAGAAGAGCUCAGAGAAAUUUUGCACGAGGCAUUCCCAUCGUACAACUUGACUGGUCAUACUGUAACCGGAACCAGCAACAUCCUCUGCUUCUCUGCUUUGUACACAAUUCUCCACAUGACUAUCCCAAUCACCCCUGUCUAUAUUUGUAUUCUGAUUUUGAGAAGAAAAAUAAUAUCGAGGUUGAGCUUCCAAGGAGUCAAUAUUACUAAGGAUACGAAGAAUUUGCAUUCUCAGUUGUUGAUGGCCCUCGCGUAUCAAGCCGUUAUCCCUGGUUUCUAUCUCUUCAGUAUUGCUUCAUAUGCCAUCGGACAGUUCGGAAUCUACAAUCACCCUGCUCUCGAAUACUUCACGUUUUCCUCAUUCCUUCUGAUUCCAUUCUUAUCCCCACUAGCUUCUUUCAUUUUCGUAACACCUUAUCGUAAAUUUAUCAAGCAUUCGUUCUUCAAAAUGGCUAAUGUUGAACCGGGAGAAACAUCAUCGACCCCUCAAAAUUACACCAGUCAUAUUCAUGUCAUCGGAUAA